CCGUACAGACUACAGAGUGACCAAAUCCUCCAUUGUUGCACUACUUCCAGCGGAUUCCAGAAAUGGUUAAAGAAGAGACUCCGCGAACCAGUAGAAGAACCACGAGGCUCUCUUCUAGCGGUACGCCGAAUUCGAAAUGCGCAGAGGAACCAUCUAAAUCCACACACACUUCGUCUGUAAAGGAUCUGGUCUUCCAUGGCGAAUCCAUCACCCUGGACGAGUUAAUCACAUCGUUCCCCGGAAGGAAAGUGCAGAUUCUAGAGUUGAUCAAUUAUUUAGGUCCUUUAAAUUCUCCAAUGAUUCCAUUGUUCGUCUACGGAGCUGCUUCGACAGGAAAGACGAGCCUAACGCUUAACAUCUUCAAUCACUUGAAACGCCCAUUCGUGUACUGUAGCUUCAUCACAUGCUACAGUCCUAGAAUCCUCUUUGAAUCAAUCUUGAAUCAGAUUUUGCUCCACAGGAAGAAUGAGAGCACUGGUUAUUCAAGCGCUAAGCGAUGCGAGAAGCCCUCAGAUUUUGUUAAUUUGCUGCGACAAGCUUUGAGCAGUCGCAUAGAGAAUCUGAAACAGAAUCUGGAGAAAUCUGGCCCUAAGAAGCCAUCUUCACAGGUCAAUGGUACAAUGAUCUACCUGAUAUUUGAUCAUGUGGAAGUUGUUAGAGAAUGGGAUAAGAGCGAUAGUAUAAUGCCUCUUUUAUUCAAUUUGUAUGAUAUUCUGAAAUUGCCUGAGGUUGGAAUGAUUUUUCUCAGUAGAACUUCUCUGGAUACAUUUCAAUCAGACACAGGUUAUGCAGAGCCUUUUCCAAUCCAUUUUCCUGAAUACACAGAGAAGGAUUUGCGCAAUAUAUUGCUGAAAAAUCAAUCGAAUCCCAAGUUAUAUUCAUCUUUUCUUGACUUAGUUUUGAGGCCUUUCUAUAGAACAACGAGGCGCGUUGAUGAAUUAGUUACUGCCAUUGCACCUUUAUUUAAGAGGUACUGUGAGCCUCUUUCGGAUCCGAGGACUGUUCCCAACGAAGAUACGAAGAGAAAAUUGUAUAGUUAUCUUCAACCGUUUAUCAUGCAUUCCCUGAAUGAGACGUUUAUGGUUUCUUCUGAUCCUUUACUUAAAGCAACGGCCGAAAAAGACAGGGCUACGAGAAAAAGUGUUGCGAAAAUUAGACGAUCUUCUGAAACAGUAGAUGAGAUUGACUUCCAGAUGUCGACUUCCGCAAAAUAUCUGCUGAUUUCUGCCUUUCUUGCUUCAAGAAAUCCCGCAACCCUUGAUGCUUCACUCUUUGAUUCAACAGGAGGAUCGAGCAAUCGAAAGAGAAAGAGAAAGGCCUCUGAAAAAUCAAUGGACCAGAAGGAAACUAAGAGCCAAGAAUCGAUCAUGAAAGGACCGGGAACUUUCCCAUUAGAGAGAUUGUUGGCCAUAUUUCAAUGUAUCACUUCUGUCGCCGAGGAUUUAGCUGAUGACGGAGAGCUUAAAAAUGGUGGGAUAGAAGAUCAGGGUUACGAGAGUGAAUUAAUGCCCGAUGUCCUGUUGCAAUUAUCCAGUCUAUGCAGUGCAAAUUUUGUUACUAAAGGAGGAAGCUGUCCACUCGAGGGAUCAACACGCUAUCGAUCUUCUGUAUCAGAAGAUCUAGCUUUAAAGGUCGCAAGGAGUCUGAAGUUUCCCCUAUCGAAAUACUUGUACAGAAGUUAGCAAAUCGACGAUUAGCUGAAAUUAGAAGCAAAAUUAAUUUCCAGGUACAUGAGUUUGAUGGUAAUUAAUUUAUAUCUAGUUUGUAGACACUGUGCUUAAAGAUGUAGUUUGUUUGGCUAAGAAAUUGAAGAAAGAGUUGAAUUGUUGUUUGUUGCAGUCUCACUAGUCUAAUUGUGAUGAGACCUAAUCAUAUCUAUGUUAAGGAAGAUUCAUUGGUAUCUUUAU